AUGAUCCUAAGUGAUGAAAGACAGAAGACAAUUGUUGCAAAUGCAAAUUCUGGUGUACUAGGUGUAUAUCCUACUUCUAUGGGCAACAUUGAUGUUGCAAUAUAUACUAGAAACAAUGGACCUUCUCAACAGUUCAAGAAGAACUUUAAUAACAACUUUAACAACAAUUUCAAUACCUGGAUGUACUGUGACUUCUGCAAAAUGAAAAAUCACACAAUAGAAGAUUGUUACAAACUGAAUGGCUAUCCUCAAGAUUCUAGGCCACCAGAUGCCAAGUACAAGAAAAGACCAUACAAUUCCAUGAAUGAAAAUAACCACAAGUGCAAAAGGUUCAAUAAAGAUGGAAAUUCAUCUGCUUAUAAUAUGGGCCAAUCCUCACAAGGUACAACUAGUAGAACAAAUGUAGGGAUGAAUCAGCUACACAUUCAAGGAAUGCAAAUGGGACCAUAUCCCUUCUCAAAUGAGCAGUAUGAGAAAAUUGUAGGUAUACUGAAGAAUACUCCUGCAGAUACAACAUUCUCUACAACAGGUAUUAGUACAACUUUACUAGCUUCUAAGAGUGUACAAGAAUGGAUAAUAGACACUGGUGCUACCAAUCACAUGGAUCUAUACAGUGGGAAGGUAAAGGAGAUUGAUAGAUUGGUGAAUGGAGUUUGCAUACUAAGUCAGUCAUACAAAAACAUAAGAGUUGCAUUGGUUGUAGAUGGAACUGAAAUUGAUGACAAAGUGGAUGUGCAUCUUUGGCAUAGAAGAUUAGGGCACAUGUCCACAACAACUUUACAUAAGUACUUUCUUAACUAUGUUAGAACUCAGCUUGACAGAAAUGUGAAGAUCAUUAGGUCUGACAAUGGCACUGAGUUUGUCAACUUUGUUUGUGGAAAUCUGUUUAAAAAUUUGGGAAUAGUUCAUCAAAUAAGUUGUGCUUAUACCUCUCAGCAAAAUGGUGUUGCUGAGAGGAAGCAUAGGCAUAUACUAGAUAUAACCAGGGCUAUCAUAUUUGAAGGGAAAAUACCUGUAAAGUUCUGGGGGUUAUGUGCAGACUGCAGUUUAUCUCAUAAACAAAAUGCAAGGUAG